AUGACUCCCUCAAGAGCCCCCCGACUCGUCUCCCGGGUCCUGGCCUCCGUCUCCCGGCCCGCCGCCGAGACGCCGCUUCGAGCAGCGCCGCGAUGGACUCGCUCGCUGAGCACAAGAUCCCGCCUCCCAACCCUCGCUUUCACCGCCGGCGCCCGACCACAAGUCUACGCAUCGCGCCGAUCAGCAGCUCCUGGACUCGCCGGUGUCGGCAGCGGCGUCCGGACCAUCUUCAUCCAGACCGAGAACACACCGAACCCGGACGCCCUCAAGUUCCUGCCGAACCACCGGGUCGUCCCCGAAGGGAUGUCUACGCCCUUCAUUGAGUACCUCAACCCCCGGUCGACAAUCGCGCCGCCGUACCCCUCGCCGCUGGCCGCAAAGCUCAUGAAUAUUGACGGCAUCACCUCUGUCUUCUACGGCGCUGACUUCAUCACCGUCACCAAGGCCGCCGAUGCCAACUGGGCCCACGUCCGCCCCGAGAUCUUUGCCCUCAUCACCGAGGCCAUCACGUCAGGCGAGACUAUCGUGAACGUCGUCGAGCGCAAGGAGGGCGAGGCGCCCCACGAUGUCGAGGAGGAUAGUCUGGCGUACAACGAGGACGACAGCGAGGUGGUCGGCAUGAUCAAGGAGCUGCUCGAGACGCGCAUCCGACCUGCGAUUCAAGAGGAUGGCGGCGAUAUCGACUUUAAAGGCUUCGACGAUGAGGGAUAUGUACUCCUCAGGUUGCGAGGUGCCUGCCGCACCUGCGACUCGAGCACCGUCACCCUGAAGAACGGCAUUGAGGGCAUGCUAAUGCACUACAUCGAGGAGGUCAAGGGAGUCAAGCAAGUACUCGAUCAAGAGGAGGAGAUCUCACUGCAGGAGUUUGCCAAGUUUGAAGAGAAGCUGAAGCAGCAGAAGGCUGCCCAGGCUUCGACUGGUUAG